AUGAAAGUGUGGCUUGCUUGGAUACUGCAGCUGACUGUUAUCUCUCAACCGACACUAUCUCAAUGGGAUCUCUUACCGAGCGCAAAUAAGGAGCCAGCCCGCGGAACUUUUGUGAUAGCCACGGGGAAGAUGAACAUCACUGUCAAUCGGAGUCCGUCGGAGGAGAGACGGCGGCCGGACGGCUGCCGUUACCCCUGCAAUUGUCCAGAGAAGGAAGUGUCCUGCCAAGACGGGGUCACCAAAACUAAGGACGGAUGCCAAUGCUGCGAGAUGUGUGCGCGACAGCACGGAGAACAAUGCGAUGGCAUCAACGUCUGCGACCAUCGGAGAAAGCUCAUUUGUUCGAGCGGAAUUUGUCGAGCCGCUGCUCAUCGUCUCGGAUGUAUCGUCAGAGGAGUGACGUACGAAGACAACGCGGUAUUCGCCACAGACUGCCGACAUCAUUGCUCGUGUCAGAACGGUACGGUUGCGUGCGCAAAUCUCUGCACGAGAGAGCUGACGAAGCCCUCAGGUCAAUGUGUGAACGCCAGACUCGUCUUCCUCAAUCCCGGUGAUUGCUGUCGAGAAUGGAUCUGCGAUAAUCCUAAUCCGAAGCUUAUCGGAGUACCUGGCUGCGUUCGCCAAGCGACCGAAUGGAGCGAAUGCUCAGCCACAUGCGGUCAAGGCGUUUCGUGGAGACUCUCCAAUCACAAUGCCCAAUGCCUAACGCGGAACGAGACCCGGCUGUGCAUCGUAAAAACUUGCAAAGGCUUCCUCGAUAGCUUCGAUUCGGAACCCGACUCCGUCGAUUGA